AUGCAGGGCCUCACUUUCACCCUCCCCUUCCUCGCGCUCCUCUCGGCGGUGGCCGUCUCGGUGUCGGCGCUGCCUCAGCUGGAGCGCAACAUUGCCUACCGCUCGCCCUCGCGCAUCCAGUUCAGCCGUGACCUCGCCCACGACGUCGGCCACAUUGGCCGCAACAUCCGCAAGCGCCACCUCGACGAGCAGCGCACCCUGCGCAUCCGCGCGCGCGGCAAGGGCGGCUACAACCCCGCCGACCAGCUCGCCGCCGACUACGACGGCGAGUGGGGCAGCGACGGCAAGGCCGCCUACCGCGGCAAGGUCUCGUUCCCCUACAACGUGGCCUCGGGCGACCCCUACGACGACUCGGCCAUCCUCUGGACCCACCCGGUCGCGGCCGAGGAGACCGACAAGCCCAUCUGCCUGCGCUACCAGACCUCGACCAAGCCCGACGACUGGUCGGCCGCCAGCGUCGUCGACACCAACUACGCCUGGACCACGUCCGAGGUCGACUACAGCUUCAAGGUCGAGACCACCGGCCUCAAGCCCAAGACCCAGUACUGGUACCGCUUCCAGGCCUGCCACGACAAGUCCCAGGUCUCGCAGACCGGCAGCUUCAAGACGAUCCCCGAGGCCGACGACGCCCACGUCGACAAGCUGCGCCUCGCCGUCUUCUCGUGCUCCAACUUGCCCUUCGGUUACUUCAACGCCUACCAGCACGCCAGCGACCGCGAGGCGACCGACUACGCCGUCCACGUGGGCGACUACAUCUACGAGGCGCGCGGCGACGGCGUCAAGGUGCCCGGCCAGAACACGUACGGCAACGGCACCGCCCUCAACCGCGUUCCGCGCCCCAACCACGAGAUUGUGACGCUCGACGACUACCGCCAGCGCUACGCCUCGUACCGCGAGGACAAGAGCCUGCAGGCGCUCCACGCCAGCAAGGCGUGGUUCCUCGUCUGGGACGACCACGAGGUGGCCGACAACGCCUACAACCACGGCACGGCCGACGGCAACAACACGGCCAGCGGCGAGGUCGAGGGUGUGCGCUUCACCGAGCGCAAGCUGGCCGCCGUCAAGGCCUAUUUCGAGUGGAUGCCCAUCCGCCAGGUCGACACCACCGACUCGCUCCGCAUCUGGCGCCAGUUCCACUACGGCAAGCUCGCCGACCUCUUCCUGCUCGACACGCGCAACUUUGACCGCGACAUCACCGACGUCUACUGGAACACGGAUGCCAUCACGGCCGUCUCGAACGACACGGCGCGCAGCCUGAUGGGCGGCAAGCAGGAGAAGUGGUUCUACGACAACCUCAUCAAGAGCAAGCAGCGCGGCGCCACGUGGAAGAUUGUCGGGCAGCAGAUCAUCGUCAACCCGACCUCGUACGGCCAGCCCACGUUCCCCGUCAACCGCGACUCGUGGGACGGCUACAAUGCCAACCGCCGCCGCUUCUUUGACACGCUCACCAAGAACAAGAUCGACGACACGAUCCUGCUCGCCGGCGACUCGCACGCGGCGUGGGUGUCGGACACGAUCUACGAGGAGUACGUCAACAACACGUCGGCCUACGACCCGGAGAGCGGUCGCGGCUCGAUCGCCGUCGAGUUCGCCGGCACCGCCGUCUCGUCGCCGUCGUCGUACGGCCAGAAGCUCACCCCGGCCCAGUACACGGCCGCCGCCGCCAAGCUCGUCUCGAUCAACCCGGCGCUCAAGUUCGCCGACGGCCAGUACCGCGGUUACUUUGAGCUCGAGGUGACCAAGCGCGAGGCCAACGCCUACUUCUACGGCAUCGUCAACAACACGAUGCCCAACUCGGACGAAAUCGUCCUCGCCUCGUUCAACGUCAAGAAGGGCGCCAACAAGCUCACCCGCCCCAUCAACGGCGGCCAGGCGCCCAAGGGCGGCGCGCUGCAGAGCAAGGUCGUCGACUAUGCCAAGCAGAAGUGGAACGGCACCGCCUUUGCCUGA